AUGGGCUCUGUUGGGGCCAUCGCAGACACAUUUUCCUGUCUCGACGAGAACUUUGAGCUUAAGACGAUAUCGAUGCGGAUGAUGCCGAAGCCAUUAGCCGUCGACACCCUAGAGGAUCUCAUUGACAAUACCACUGUUCCCACAACAACCAGCUCACCCACAACUACUGCUACCAUUAUUGGAUACUCCGUCACAGAAUCAACUACUACAGCUUUCAGCUUCACCUCAACAGGUGAUACUCAAAUACUAUGUCCUUCCGAUGCUUACCAAAAGUCAAGCUCCGUGAGCAUAGACCCUCUGGGCAGUACUAACAUCGGAGUGAUGGCCACAAUUGAGCAUUCUGCAUUGAUCUCAGAGGGUAUUACCACUAUUCAACCAGCUGAGAGGUAUGAAAUUGCAACGAGUGAAGUCACAGGUCCAACACAGCCUGCCUCCAAGGCAAGUCUCUCUAGUGGCCAAGAUGAGAGAAGGAUGGUCAGUUCGUUGAUUGCAUAUACUUCCCGGGACGCUUCUCCUCCUCACAGCGCUUAUGUCGAGAGCUUGGCACCAAUUUGGAUUGAUCAGCUUGGACCAGUGUCUGCGCAAUGGUUUGAAUAUCCAUCAUCCGGUCCCUCAGCUGUAGGGGUAAAGGGCAUAUACGGGUGCACGGCAGUGAUCAUAGUAUCCGAAAAGGGUGUGUACAUUGCCCACAUCUGGGAAAACCCCGUAUUCGUUGAUCGUGAUUUCAAUCCAACUGAUGACAACUCGUUCACGAUAAAUGUGUUCAAUUCCCUCCGAGACGGAACAGAAUAUGCACAAAGUGUAACUGGUCUGAUUGGGACUGACCAGAACCCCGGUGUCUUGAAUACAAUUUACGCACCCAAAGUCUUCGUCCUCACACCCUUCACUACUGAUUGGGAUAGACAAAACUUUGGAAUUUCCACCACACUCAGAUAUCAAACGCGUGUCCAAGAUCUCGUGCAAAAGAUAGCAAGCAUUGUUCCCGGUUCAGGUGGGAAUGGAAUUAUCCUGGGUUAUACACGUACGAGUCGGCAGGCAUCGAGUCAGGAGCCAGGAAUUGCAGGAAGAGCCAUUUUGGAGAUAGAUCCUUCUUACGCAAGGCUCACUACAGCGUAUGACUCGAAAUCCACGGGCCUCCAGAUUGGUCGUUGGCGUUUGUGGGUAGAGGACCAGUUGAUUACUUACCAAGACUUCUGGCUCCCGCAUAUUACAGCUCCUUGGGCACUUACCGACGAGGCAUUGGCUAAUACGACCAACCGGAAUAAGUAG